AUGUGUAUCAAGAUAGUCGAACGCUACGCAGUCUGUCGUUGCAUCUACUACAGUCAUGCUGUUGAUGCCUGCCCCGCCUAUGGCCGUCGUGGCCACAGCAUCAAGACACAGGAGGUCUUAGUCGGCUACACGUGUUCGAGACACACGGUCAACGGCUCCCGCUCCGCAUCCUCUCAACAAUACAACUACCCUGACUCUGGUUAUGCCAGCGGCAGUACCGGCGGACGCAACGCCGACGGAAGUUUUCGUCGGUGA